UUCACAGGCGUCGGCGCGAGCACCAAGCGGCAGCAAUGGCAUCUGGCACCGUUCUGACGGAGGUUCCCAACUCGAACUACUACAAGUAUCAGUCUUGUAUGUUCGUCAUCGCGAAUCAAGAGAUGUACCGCAUAUACCUCUGGCUGUACAAAGGAAGGCCAGACCAGUACGUUGGCGAUUAUAUAAGAACUGAAAACUUAUUAAGACAAAUGCGCUUAGGGAGACACGAAAAGGUGUUGUUAGACGCGGAGACGAGUGUGGCGAAAUUCGACAUAUCCUUUCUGUACAAGUUGUUGCAGUUCACGUGUGGCCUGUCUCCUGCGAGUGACAGGAUCUGGCAUGACCCUGAGGAGAGUCAGAAGGGAAGUCUGGAGCACAUUCUGCACCGCCUGAAAGAUAUUAGGAAUUCCCUGAGCCACGAACAACAGUUCUUCAUGUUCAUGACACUCGAGGACCUACGUGACCGCGAAAAGGAACUGUCACAGCUCCUCGCGAAGGCCCUCGAGUUGGCCGGAGAGAAGAGCGCGAGACCUGACGAGGCCUCCAGAGCCAUCACCAAAAUGAAGGACAAGCUGCAGGACAUUAUAUCCAAGCCUAUUCCGUCGGGAUUCACGCUGCAAAACUUCGCCGCUCUUGGAAGACAGGAAAUGAGAAAAUUGUGUGCGACGGUGAGUGGUGUCUUGCCGGAAGUGGUGGUCCAGCAAGCGCAGACGGCAUCCACCACCACUGCGUCAGUGCAAGAGCUGCCCCUGAACCAGCUGUUACGGUGGUCCUGUGAAGACACCAAGCUACCUCAUGUCAUAUUAGUGACCGGCGACACAGGGACAGGCAAGACCUCGCUUUGUCGACACAUAUUCAAUUCCUGGGUCUCUGGCGCUGACUCCCUCGUCGACCUUCAAGAGUGCGAUCUCGUGGUCUCCAUCCAGUGCUCCGAAGUGUUCACAAGCGACGUAGUUCGGCUGCUGGAAGACACUCUCCCUCAAACUGUGAAGGCUUGUGGUCAAUCUGAGGUGCUGGAAAAAUUGUCGUCUCUUAAGGUUCUGUGGUUGGUGGACGGUUACGAAGAAGCCACGCGUGAAGCCAAGGGACUCCUGAGGUGCUUGGUGGAAAAGCGUGGCCUCUUACACACCAUCCUCGUUACGACACGUCCCGAGCAUAGUUUGGAGUUCAUCAAAGAAGUUGUACAGAACGCCUCCUUAUUUUGUAGAGAAAGCCCGCCUGUUGGAAGUCCGUCUUCUAGGUCUCAGUACGAGAGGUCGCAACAUGGUAGUUGA